ACGAGUCUUGCGAAUGUUGGUGGUUGUGUACAAGCCUUUAAAAUGGCGUUGUCAACAAUGAGCACCUAGGUUUCUUAGAUUAAUUGCUGUAUAAACAGUUAUUAUAUUAGUUUUAAAAGUUAAUUUAGUUUAGUUAGAGUUGUAUUAAUUAAAAAUGAAUGGUUUGAGUUUUAGUGAGUUGUGUUGUCUGUUUUGUUGUCCUCCUUGUCCGAGCAGAAUAGCAGCAAAAUUGGCAUUUCUACCCCCAGAACCAACCUACGAAUUUGUCUCCGACGAGAAUGGAAAGUGCAGUUUCACGUUAACCGAUCGCGCAGAAUGGCAAUACUCAGAAAGAGAAAAAGAAAACGUCGAGGGAUUUUUCACGAGGACGAACCGCGGGAACCGAAUCGCCUGUCUGUUUGUUAGAUGUAGUAAUACUGCCAGAUUCACAAUCCUGUUUUCUCACGGAAACGCCGUCGAUCUCGGACAAAUGAGCAGUUUUUACCUAGGACUGGGCUCAAGAAUCAACUGCAACAUAUUUAGUUACGACUAUUCGGGGUAUGGGGUCAGUGCCGGGAAGCCCUCCGAGAAGAACCUCUACGCCGACAUCGACGCGGCCUGGCAGGCGCUGCGCACCCGGUACGGGAUCAGCCCCGAAAACAUCAUCCUUUACGGUCAAAGCAUCGGCACGGUCCCGACUGUGGACCUUGCCGCCAGGUACGAGGUUGGGGCUGUCAUCCUGCAUUCGCCUCUGAUGUCUGGAAUGAGAGUGGCCUUCCCCAAUACCAAGAGGACCUGGUUUUUCGAUGCCUUUCCCAGUAUUGAUAAAGUUCCCAAAGUCAUGUCGCCAACUUUAGUUAUUCAUGGUACUGAAGACGAAGUUAUAGACUUUUCCCAUGGGCUUACCAUUUUUGAGAAGUGCCCAAGAGCUGUCGAACCUUUAUGGGUGGAGGGCGCAGGCCACAACGACGUGGAGUUAUAUAACGUGUACCUGGAAAGACUAAAACAAUUCGUAAAUGUGGAGUUAAUCAACUGACAGCUGCUGGGCGCGGAUGACUGCACGUUUAGUUCAGGAACCUCAAGUUCGGUGGAGGAGAAACUGCUCUAGCCCGGGGCAGCGGACUUGGUCAGCCGCCAGUCCGCAACGCCUCUGUACUGCCCUUCACCACACCUCGCCCUGCGCGCGCUUUCCGGCAUUCUGGCGCGAGCCGAACGUCAAUGCAACAGCGCUCGCAGUUCGCCACAUUCCCGCCAAGUGGCAGCGGCGCCACCAUCCAAAGCGCACUCUCUGCCAGCUUGCAACAGUGUGCCACCAGUAUGCCUUACUGCAUGCCGCUGUAUGGUUCUCGAAACUACUUGCUAGCAUGAGUGUACAUACGAUGUGGACUUUUAAUUAAAUAAUCGGACAAUCUUUCAAGUGAUGCAAUAUUAAAUGUAGUACCCAUCAACGUAACUCUCAGUGUAAUUAUACAGUGUGGACUCUUUCUAUGAUGAUAUAAAUAUAAUGAAAAAAGUGUUUCUUUUGGUGCAUCGGGCUAAUGUUUAUAUUCCUCUCAUUACUGUUGUUUUUUAUAUGACUGGAUGCUCGGAUAACAUACAAAUGUCCACCAAACAUCAAAAUUAACUGUACAAAACUCACUUUUUUAAUACUUCAAACCCAAUGUGUAGGGUAGUUGAACCAGUGAGAUUCAAGUUCAUAUCGCUGCGUUCUGUUCACUGAAGUUGUUCAGUUGUUUUGUGGACAUGCUGUAUUUUAUUAUUAUUUAUUGCCCUAUUAUUUGUGUUCAAUAAAAUAUCAAGUCGUUCAACAUAUAUUUAAGACAGGUGGACUAGUUGCUAGGUGGGGUACUCACUAGUUCGCCAUUGCUCUGAUUAUUUUAUUGUAACAUAAACUAAAAAUACUUUUUAAUACAUUUUUAUUAACUAUGGUAAAUAAUUUUGUAAGUAUCGUGUUUGAUUUGUUUUAUGUAAUAGUCAAUUCGUUGAAACAAGCUUUAAAUCAUCAACAGCACAACACUACCGAAAAUUACAUGAAGCAACUCACACAUGAGAAUAUAGGCAAUUUUUUAUAAAAGGAAAAUACUUGGAUUAUAUUAUUUAAAUAUGUGAUUUUUUGUGAAAUUAGUAACCUUUGAUACAUAUCAUUUCGAAUUGAUUUUGCAUUUAUAAGCGUAAAGUAUGUAAGGCGACGUUUUUUAAGUUUUUGUAUUCGUUCUGUUGAUGAGUGCAAAAUUUUAGCUGAGUUGUCAAUUGUCCCCAAACAUCUUUGCAACUUUUGAUUUCCGAAAAAUUAAAAUAAAUAUAUGAAAACAGUAUUUAUACGAUCA